GAAAUUAAAUAUAGUUCAAUUAAGAAAGACGUUAUGAUUAGAUUAAUGGUUUGAAUAACAGAUCUCGCAAUUUUGUUGAUUGAGCUCGCAAAUAUGAUAUUUGCAAUCAAAUUUUAUCAUGGAUUAGAGAUUAGAAAUUUGAAUUUCAGAAAAGAUUUGAGAAAGACACGAAGCGGACGAGUCAUCGGAAAGAAACUUACCUGUCGGUCUCUCAGCGGCCGCUCUGAUGCGUGUCACCAUUUCAACUUCGCCUUAUAUGCAAUUCGAAAACCGAAUCGGAAGCACAAGAUUGAGGGAGAGUUGAGUGCAAUAACAAUGGCGAAGAGCAAGGAUGAUAUCACGUACGGCGCCGCUCAAGCGAAGUUAUCAGAAGACGAAGCUCUAAGAGUCGCUUACAAGCACGGCACGCCGCUCGAAUCGGGGAAAAUUGCGGACGCAGAGACUGUCGAUCUCUUUUCUAGUGCGCAAAACAUUUAUCAAGAUCGUUCUGCCGGACGUUCAUCUGCCGCCGCUACUGAAUCGAUUACCAAUCAGUUGCGGCGAGGCGAUACUAAUAGCGAAGGCGGAACAGGAUGCGAUACUGCAGAUCCUUCCGCCGGCCAUCGUUUAGGUUGAAUCGGAUCGGUGCGAUUGUCGAUAGAUGCUUCUGUAGUUUGAAAUUUUGUUUUCUUUUUGCUUCCUCAAAUUUUGGUGCGCGUUUGAGAGUUUUGCAUUUGGGUUGUGUGAUCUGAUCUCGUUUGCGAACCGAGUUGUGGAAAUAGUCUCUAAUACAAAAUCACAGCUACUUUUACUGUCUCUC